CAACAAACAAACAAAGCCAACAACAACAACAAGCAAGAAGCAGCAAGGCAAGAAGCACCCCCACCCAAUACAAGGCAAAGGCCGACAGGGACAAGGGCGAGUGGGAGGCGCAGAGACAGCAAGGCAAGGAGAGGUCGAGCGUGUGGCAGAAAGCCAAUCGUGCCGCAGCCCAGCAAGCUGGAAACUCACGGGUCGCUGAGCAGCCCACCCGCCAAGCGCCCGCGCCUCGGCAUGACUGACAUCGUCCGCAGUCGAGAUGGCAAGGCGUUCGAGCGUACGGAAGUGGUGCGGCUCGUUGCUCAGACCCUCACCGAACUGGGAUACAGGCAAGCACUCGAUACCAUGGACAAGGUUGAGUUCGUCUCGGAAGACAAGAGAAGGCGGGCGGUGGCUGUCCUGCAUCGCGAGCACUUUUUUGAUCUCGUCACAUCUGGGCAGAAGCUUGAGGCCCUGCGGCACCUUCGCACAAAGCUCACAGCAUACUACACAAAGCCGGAUGACCUGAAGCGGUUCACCAACUUCCUGAUGAGUACGCCGACCAAGACGAAACCGCAGCAAGUAGCAACAUCAUCAUCAUCGUCACCAGCUGACGUGCAGCGACAAUCAAGACAGGAGAUCACAGCCAAACUUGAGGCUGUAGAUGCGCAGCGCUGCCUCUCUGUUUCGGACGCCAGCGGCCCGUGUUCUCUCCUCGGUGACAAGCGCCCUGUCGACAUACCUCGCAAGCUGCUGUUCAAGCUGAAACCACUCAAGGACGAAAUCUGGUUUGUCGAAUUCUCUCCGACUGGCCAGUACCUUGCUGCAGCGGGCAGAUCCAAGUCUGUGUCUGUGUUUGAUACGCUGAAACGUUUCAAACGCGUGGCCAAGAUCCGCUGUCCUUCCCCCGUCGCCUCCAUUUCAUGGGCACCAGAUGGCCAGAACAUUGCAAUCGGCCAUGAGGAUGCACGAUCAAUUCAGAUCUACAACAUGGACACGCGCGAAGUGUCGCAGACAUGGUCCCACCACUCCGCGGGCCCGUGCGUGUGUGCAUUUGGACCCACCAACGCCUUUGCGUCCUGCAGCAGUGCAGACGGGCGCGUGCUGUACUUUGCGUCGAAGGAAGCAUUGCAGUCCCCAACACACACGUGGCGCGAACUCCGGGGCAUCCAGCUCGUGUUUUCACCAGACGAGACAAAGCUGAUUGUUGCUGCGCACGACAAACGCAUUCACAUCUUCAACCUCUCCACAUUUGAAGAGGAGGCUUCCAUCUCCACAAAAGGCGCCAUCAUGUCGCUCAAGCUCUCGGGCGAUGGGAAAUUCCUCCUCGUCAGCACAAAGCCGGCGGUGGUGCAGCUGUUUGACAUUGAGAAAAAGGCGCUGGUGCAAGAGUUUACGGGACACGUACAGGAACGGUUUAUGAUUCGAUCGUGUUUUGGGCCCAAGGACAAGUUUGUCAUCAGCGGCAGUGAAGAUGGGAAGGCGUACCUGUGGCACCGGGAGACGGCCCAGCGGGUGGCCAAGCUCGUUGGUCAUGACGGCGCGGUGAACGACGUGUCAUGGCACCCGCGCUGCCCGUAUGUGGUGGUGACGGCGAGCGACGACCACAGCGUCUUCGUGUGGGGCCCGUCGCACUUCACACGCCGCGAUCUCUGGCCACUGCUCAAGAACCCCGAGACACACGUGGUGUCACCCGAAACCAAUGGAGAGACGGACGGGCUGUUCUCUGCCGACGACACUGGACGCAGCACGCGUGCAGUCCGUGGUGACGAGGGUGAGGACGAGGGUGAUGACGGCGGCAACACGAGCAUGCUGAGCACACAGGCAGGCGCAACACAGGGGUCAACGACAAGUGUUGCGAGCGUGGGGAUGGACAGCAGCGCGAUUGAGGAUGAUGACGAUGAUGAUGACGACGACACAUAUGAUUACGAGGAUGAUGAUGAUGAUGAUGAGGAUGACGACUGGCACGACCGCCAGCUCACCUCGUCAUCCUCCUCCUCCUCUGAUGAAGACGGUGAUGAUGAUGGUGAUGGUGAUGGUGGUGAUGGCGAUGGUGGCGAUGGUGCGGUUGCAGGGGAGAACGAUUCAGACAGCAGUGUCAACAUGCCAGCUGUUUUCCGUCUCGUUGUCCGCAACUACAUGCGUGAACGCGAGCGCGAGCGCGACAACUCGUCAGAUUCUGAUGCCGUUUGA